AUGCCUGCGAAGAGGACGGAAGGAGCUUUCGGGAUUUUGCUGUCGGUCCCAGUUUGGCACCAAUCGUCAGGGCGCCUUUCCGUGUUCCCGCCUCUUUGGGGGCGCGGCCCUGGCCAUUCGGUGGGGAGGAGAGGUGCGAGGCGAUCGCCCGACAGACAAACUGGCACGGUGCGUUUUCUGCUCUCUCCCCGCACGCCCCCAAAGAGCGCAAACCCGAAAUCGUUUCUAAAGGGGGUUGCUCUGGCAACACCCCGCCGCCUCGCUCUUCCUUCCUCCCUCUGCGGGGCCACCGGGCUUGCUCGACAAGUCGCUCCUCCCGCCGAGCCGGCCUUCGGGGAGGUGAACCAGCUGGGGGGCGUGUUCGUCAACGGCCGGCCGCUGCCCAACGCCAUCCGGCUCCGCAUCGUGGAGCUGGCCCAGCUGGGGAUCCGGCCGUGCGACAUCAGCCGCCAGCUGCGGGUGUCCCACGGCUGCGUGAGCAAGAUCCUGGCGCGCUACAACGAGACGGGCUCCAUCCUGCCGGGGGCCAUCGGCGGCAGCAAGCCCCGGGUCACCACCCCCACCGUGGUGAAGCACAUCCGGACCUACAAACAGAGGGACCCCGGCAUCUUCGCCUGGGAGAUCCGGGACCGGCUGCUGGCCGACGGGGUGUGCGACAAGUACAACGUGCCCUCCGUCAGCUCCAUCAGCAGGAUCCUGCGUAACAAGAUCGGGAACCUGGCCCAGCCGGGCCACUACGACACCUACAAGCAACACCCGCCCCCGCCGCAGCCGGCCCUGCCCUACAACCCCAUCUACUCCUAUCCCAGCCCCAUCGCCGCCGCCGCCAAAGUGCCCACGCCGCCCGGUGUGCCCGCCCUGCCGGGCACCGUGGCCAUGCCCCGCACCUGGCCCUCCUCCCACUCGGUCACGGAUAUUUUGGGGAUCCGCUCCAUCACCGACCCAGUGGGCGACAGUUCCCCCUACCACAGCCCCAAAGUGGAAGAAUGGAGCAGCCUGGGCCGCGCCAACUUCCCUGCCAACGUGCCACAUGCGGUCAACGGGCUGGAGAAAGGCUCCUUGGAGCAGGAGGCCAAAUUCAGUCAGGCACCAAACGGCCUCCCAGCUGUGAGCAGUUUUGUGUCAGCAUCCAGCAUGGCUCCUUACCCUACCCCUGCCCAGGUGUCACCUUACAUGACAUACAGCGCCGCUCCUUCCGGUUAUGUCGCCGGCCAUGGUUGGCAGCAUGCGGGCAGCACCCCGCUCUCCCCACACAACUGUGACAUCCCUGCAUCGCUGGCUUUCAAGGGCAUGCAGGCAGCCAGAGAAGGUAGUCACUCAGUCACAGCCUCCGCCCUCUGA